AUGAGUCGGAAAUCCUCUUCCCGUACGGCAACCAAACCUUCCUCCGCAGGCACAGCGGUGUCGUCAGUAUCUGCAACGUCGCAAAAGUCUUCGGUGUUGAAGUCUUCGUUUGCACCCUCGCAACUACAGUUGCGCCUGUUCGCAUCUGUCAUACAGAGCUUCGACUCUCAACAGCUGCGCAUCCAUGACACCACCACAGGUCGACUGCGUUGCCAGCACGAGACCAAGCCUGGUUCGAGGAUCACCUGCCUCGAAUGGGGUUACUAUGGCCGGGAUCAAAAGCAACAAAAGAAGCGCAAAAGGGGCCAAGAGAAUGCUGAAGGUGCGGUCGUUGCUUAUGGAACGAGCACCUCAGAGAUAUGUAUGUUUUCGCCCGCAGAAGGCAAAGUCGUUGGCACGUUAAGCGGAGGACAUGAAAGACCAAUUGCAGCCUUUAAAUUCUCUCCAUCCACCUCCUACCAAGAAGCCUGGAGCGUAGGAGAAGAUGCAAACCUGAUACAGUGGGACUUGACGAAGGGUCGACCUCUGAGAACUAUUCAUGUUCCAGAGCCCAUAAAUAUCCUCGCAGCUCCUUCCGCCAACCCUUUUCAGAUUAUCUGUGCGUCGUCCACCCCUCUAGCGUACGAUUUUGACACAAAUGGACAAGCCACAGUGGCACGCUACGAUUCCUUUAAGAACGCUGUCAAUUCAUUAUUCCGAUCAGGCAUCAAGGGCACGGCAAAGGAAGAAUUCUUUCUCGCUUCAGACUCCGACAGAUACAUCAAUGUCUACAACAUCCAAACCAAGAAACUAGUUCGGACACUGGUUGCUGGAAGUGGGGUCGUCUCCGCAGACUUGCACGAACCAUCUGAGGACGUUGCGCCUAUACAACGAGAACAACUGCUCGCCGUGCUAACGAAGGACGGUAGUAUCGAGUUGUUCUGGCGUCCUUUUGCCGUGCCAGAACAAGCCAAUGGUGACCUCAAGUCCAGCAGGAAGAAUUUGACCAGAAAAGCCGGCGCUUCCAUUCGCCUUGUAAGCCCGGACUCGAAGAGCAAGCACAUCCCAAUCUUCGCUACCUCUGUCCAAGGCCAUGAUAUUGUGGUUGCAUCCGCAGACAGCGGCGCCGACUUCUCGUUCCAAAAGGUUAGAUGGCAGGAUGAAGGGAAUGGCAAACUUUUGUUCGAUGGGCAGAGAGACAUCGUCAAAGUUCGCUCAGCAUCUACGCUGAACACUGCCACAUUGAACGGUGUCAAAGACAUGGGCAAAUCUCAUGUCGACGAGUCAAAGACGGUUGUCGUCAAUGGCGGAACACAACCAGUCACCAUUGACCUUGCAAGUGAUGAAAGCGAGGCCUCCGCCCAUAAGAGUGAUGAUGAUGAUGAGGAGGAGGAGGAGGAGGAGGAGGAAGACGACGGGGACGAGGAGGAAGCCAGACAACCAAACGCUGUUGCUGACGAUGAAGACCCUGAAGUCCCCGACUCGGAUGAAGAGAUGGCCGGAGCGGACGCCACCGCGGUUGCUACACAGGCAGCUUCGGAUGAAGACAUGGCGGAUGCAGAAGGCGAUGCUGAACCAACAUUUGGUGAACUUUUGGCAUCUCGUCACCACUCUGAGAUCGCCAUCUCCUCUGCUCUGCCGCCCGACCAGGCGACGACGACACUCAAAAGCCGGCCCGGAGCCGCCUUGCCCAGCGGCAUGUCGCUCGGCACUGUCCUCACGCAAGCACUACGCACAAACGAUAACAACCUCCUCGAAGCGUGUCUGCAUACCCGUGAUAUGACUAUCGUCCGCAGCACCAUUCAGCGUCUGGACUCGCAGCUAGCGGGGGCGCUACUCUCGAGACUCGCCGAACGCCUCGCAAGCCGACCAGGCCGCUACGGCAACCUAAUUGCCUGGGUCCAGUGGGUGUGCAUCACUCACGGAGGCGCGAUCGCCGCCCAGCCCGACGCCACGGCCAAAGUGCGCACACUGUACCAGGUUCUCGGCCAGCGGACGCGCACACUGGACAGUCUACUGCUGCUCAAGGGGAAACUGGACAUGCUUGAUGCGCAGCUGCGGUAUCGUAAGGAAGUCCUCGCCGCGCAGGGCGCGCGGAGGGAAGGCCACGACGAGCCUGGCAUGAUCUACAUUGAAGGCGUGCAGGGUGAUAACUGGGACAGUGACGACGAGGAUGAGGACGACGACGACGACGAUCUAGACGAAGACAUUGGACGGCCAGCGAAGAGACCCAGAGGAAAAGGCAAAGGCAAAGGACGCAAAGCGCUUGAAGAGUUGAUUGCCAGCGAAGCCGAGAGUGAAGAUGAAGAUGAGGACAUGAUGCGCCUCGAAAAUGGCGUUGCCGAGGAAGAUGAAGAUGAAGAUGAAGACGAAGAUGACGACGAGGAUGAAGACGAGGAACAGAAUACCUUAACAAACGGCCAUCGCACCGGUCUCGUUGACGCCGAGGCCGAAGAGUCCAGUGUGGCAGAAUCAGAUUCAGAUCCGGACGACACUCGCGACAACCCCAAUGUGGAAGGUGCCUCCGACUCUGACGUUUCUUCAGACUCGGACAUUUCUUCGGGGCGAAGCGAGGACGACGACGAGGACGAAGAGGAUUCCGACAUGGACAGCUUCAUCAACGACGGGUCCAUCGACCUCGAAAGCGAUGAGGACGACGUGCACGUCGAAGGGGACAGUGAACCUGAAGACGUCCCUGCCCCUACCCCUGCCGCAGCGUCCAGGUCUCAAUCCCAGCCUCAGACUCAGUCCAAGUCAAGGGCAAAGGGAACAGGAACGGAUAAGAAGAUUGAGAAAAAGCAGAAGAAGAGUGGUAAACGGGCAUGA